GGCCGUUUUGUUGAUGGAAUUUUUCCUGAAAACUUUAAAAAUUCCAUAAAAUGGCGUAUAAUUAUGUAGUUACAGCUCACAAACCCACUGCAGUAAAUGCAUGUGUUACAGGAAACUUUACCUCUCCCAAUGACCUGAAUUUAAUCAUUGCUAAGAAUACGCGUAUGGAAAUAUAUGUUGUAACACCAGAAGGAUUAAGACCUAUUAAAGAAGUUGGUAUCAAUGGAAGAAUUGCUGUUAUGCAACUAUUUCGACCACCUGGAGAGUCUAAAGAUCAGUUAUUUCUACUCACUGCUAGGUAUAAUGCUAUGAUAUUAGAAUGGCAUCAAGAAGGGGAUGUAAUGGAAAUUAUAACAAAAGCACAUGGCAAUGUACAGGAUAGAAUAGGCAGACCAUCAGAAACUGGUAUUAUUGGUAUCAUAGAUCCACUAUGUCGAGUUAUAGGUCUCCAUCUUUAUGAUGGACUGUUUAAAGUUAUCCCCCUUGACAGAGAAAAUAAGGAAUUAAAGGCAUUCAAUGUCAGAUUAGAAGAGUUAACAGUUAUUGACAUGAAUUUUCUUUAUGGAUGUCAACAACCAACAGUUAUACUAGUCCAUCAGGAUCAAAAUGGCCGCCAUGUCAAAACAUAUGAAAUAUCAUUACGUGAUAAAGAGUUUCUGAAAGGUCCAUGGAAACAAGAUAAUGUUGAAACAGAAGCUUGUAUGGUCAUAUCAGUACCUGAACCAUUUGGAGGAGCUUUGAUUGUAGGACAGGAGUCUAUUACAUAUCAUAAAGGAGAUAACUAUAUACCUAUAGCACCACCAGCUAUCAAGCAAUAUGCGUUAACUUGUUAUGGUAAAGUAGAUUCGAAUGGUUCAAGGUAUUUACUAGGUGAUAUGGCAGGAAGAUUAUUUAUGUUAUUAUUAGAUAGAGAAGAAAAGAUGGAUGGUAACUCUAUUGUUAAAGAUAUUAAAGUGGAACUCCUAGGAGAGACAACAAUAGCAGAAUGUAUAACAUAUUUAGAUAAUGGUGUUGUAUUUAUUGGUUCUAGACUGGGUGAUUCUCAAUUAGUCAAGUUAAAUGUAGAUCAAGAUGAUAAUGGAUCCUAUGUUCAAGUGAUGGAAACAUUCACCAAUCUAGGUCCUAUAGUUGAUAUGUGUGUAGUGGAUCUAGAACGCCAAGGUCAAGGACAGUUAGUGACAUGCUCUGGUUCCCAUAAAGAGGGAUCAUUACGUAUUAUCAGAAAUGGUAUUGGUAUACAUGAACAUGCUAAUAUAGAUCUCGCUGGUACCAAGGGUAUCUGGCCUUUACGUCUUAAUGGUACUAAAUAUGAUGAUAUGUUGGUCUUAUCUUUCGUUGGUCAAACUAGGGUUUUAGCUUUAAAUGGAGAAGAAGUAGAAGAAACAGAAUUACCAGGUUUUGAUGCUGAUACACAGACUUUUUAUUGUGGAAACGUCAUAGAAAAUCAACUUAUUCAGAUAACUACAGCAGCAGUACGACUAGUAAACUGUGGUAGUAAAAGUCUGGUAGCUGAAUGGAGACAUAAAGAGGGUAAAAAUAUCUCUCUAGCUAGUUGUAAUGCUUGUCAGGUUGUUAUAGCUGUAGGUCGUGAUGUUUAUUAUCUAGAAAUACAGUCAGGUCAAAUUACAGAAAUAAGUAAUGCAACAAUGGAACAUGAAGUAGCUUGUAUAGAUAUUAGUACUUUAAAAGAAGGAGAGAAGUCAGAACUAUGUGCUGUGGGUUUGUGGACAGAUAUUUCAGCUCGUGUUUUACGUUUACCAAAUCUACAGACUUUACUAGUAGAGAUGCUGGGUGGAGAAAUUAUCCCAAGAUCUAUAUUAUUAACAACAUUUGAAGGUGUACAUUAUUUAUUGUGUGCUCUAGGAGAUGGUUCCUUGUUUUAUUUUAAUCUUGAUCCAGCUACAGGGUUUUUACGAGAUAAAAAGAAAGUGACAUUAGGAACACAACCUACAGUUUUACGAACAUUUAAAUCACUGGCUACGACUAAUAUCUUCGCGUGUUCAGACCGUCCUACUGUCAUCUAUUCCAGUAAUCAUAAACUAGUAUUUUCUAAUGUUAAUUUACGUGAGGUUAAUCACAUGUGUCCCUUAAAUUCUGAAGGCUAUCCAGACAGUUUAGCAUUGGCUAAUGAUUCUACUCUGAUGAUUGGUACUAUAGAUGAGAUCCAGAAACUACACAUUAGAACUAUACCAUUGUGGGAGUCACCUAGGCGUAUAGCGUAUCAGGAAUCGUCUCAGACGUUUGGUGUAAUAUCAAUGAGAACUGAUAUAAUGGAUAAUAAUGAAGCCACACCAUCAAGACCUAGUGCUAGUACCCACGCAGCUAAUGUCUCAAGCAGUGCCAACUCUAAAUCUUUACGAAGUUUGGCGUCUGAUGUUUCGUAUGGUGAUGAGAUUGAAGUUCAUUCACUAUUGAUUAUAGAUCAACAUACAUUUGAAGUAUUACACUCCCAUCAGUUGAUGAAUAAUGAAUGUGCUACUAGUUUAAUAUCAGCUAAGUUAGGAGAAGAUAAUAACUAUUAUUAUAUAGUUGGUACAGCUCUAGUACAUCCUGAAGAGGCUGAACCUAAACAAGGCAGAAUUAUUGUCUUUCAAUAUACUGAUGGUAAAUUAAGUCAAGUUGCUGAGAAAGAAAUAAAAGGAGCAGCCUAUACUCUGGUAGAAUUUAAUGGUAAAUUACUGGCUAGUGUUAACAGUACUGUUCGACUAUUUGAAUGGACACCAGAGAAAGAGUUGAGACUAGAAUGUAGCCAUUUUAACAACAUUAUAGCAUUAUAUUUAAAAACUAAAGGUGAUUUUGUACUAGUAGGAGAUCUGAUGAGAUCUAUAUUAUUACUAGCUUAUAAACCUUUAGAGGGAAAUUUUGAAGAAAUAGCUAGAGAUUUUAACCCCAACUGGAUGAUAGCUAUAGAAAUAUUAGAUGAUGAUAAUUUUCUUGGGGCUGAAAACUCUUUUAAUCUCUUUACUUGUCAGAAAGAUGGUGCUGCCACUACAGAUGAAGAAAGACAACAACUACAGGAAGUGGGUUUAUUUCAUCUUGGUGAAUUCGUUAAUAUCUUUAGACAUGGUUCACUGGUGAUGCAGAAUGUAGGAGAGAACAUGACACCAAUUCAGGGAUCUGUAUUAUAUGGUACUAUUAAUGGUACAAUAGGUUUAGUUGCUCAGUUACCACAAGAGUUCUUCCUGUUUUUACAAGAUGUACAACAACGAUUAGCUAAAGUUAUCAAGAGUGUCGGCAAGAUAGAACAUUCAUUCUGGAGAUCAUUUCAUACAGAACGUAAAACUGAAGCUUCUACUGGGUUUAUUGAUGGAGACUUGAUAGAAAGUUUUCUAGAUUUAUCACGAGAUAAAAUGCAAGAAGUAGUGCAGGGUUUACAGAUUGAUGAUGGAAGUGGAAUGAAAAGAGAAUCCACAGUUGAAGAUCUGGUCAAAAUGAUUGAAGAAUUGACACGAAUUCACUGAAACUCAACUCAACUCGGAAUUUCAUUGAAUUCUCUAAAACACAGACUGAAAUUGCUGGAUAAUUUAUAUAUCUUGUGCUUUUAUUUCUGUAGUUAAAUUUGAAUGGUUUCUGUUUUCAUCAAACAAUGGCCAAACACUUAACCAUAUUAUUGGGGAGACAGAAGUUCACUCUUCAAUCCUAGUACAAUCCUAGAUCUAGCCUGUCAGCUCAUCAUUAUCAAGUUCCAAAUAAAGUCUAAUCAAAAAGACAAUGUAAAAAGUGCUAAUAAAUGUAUAAUAAUGUAUAUAGGAAAUGUAAAAUGUGAAAAUGACAUUAAAUGUUGAGAAAUUAUAGAAGUUUUUGAUGUGAAUUGAUUUAUCUUGUAAAUUAACUCAAAUAAACUUUCGAAAGUUU